AUUUUUUUUCUGGUUCAAAAAAGUUCAAAUUGAUUUUCCUCAUUCAAAUAAUUAACAAUGCCUCGUUCUCCCGAAAGACGAAGGAAUCGAUCGAUUAGCAAUGAAAGACAUCGAAGAGAAAGUAGAAAAAGUCGUUCACCAGAUGAAAGAUCAAGACAUAAACACAAGUCAAAAAAACACAGUAAAAAAGAGAAACGGCGCCGAAACUAUUCAAGUGAGAGUUCAGAGGAAGAUGAUCCUCAUAAGCCUUCCUUGGAAACUCUUGGUUACUCCAAUGUAAACAACCCUUUUAAUGACGUCAACCUUGAAUCAAAGUUUGUGUGGAGCAAAAAGAAGCAAAGGGAUAAGAAGGAGCUGGGACUCUCUGAGGAAGAAAUCAGAAGACGCGAAAGAGAACGAAAAAGAGAAGCGGAUGAAGAACUGGCCAAAUUGAAUAAGCGUAGAGCUGAGCGAGAAAGGGAAAUGGAGUUACGUGAGCAAGAACGUACUAGAAAACAGCGCGAAGCAGAACUCGCGCAAAUGGGUGAAUGGGAAUUAAAAGAAGAAGAGGUAAUUGAAGGCAUUUUUACAUUCCAUUUGGAACAAGCCAAGAAGAGAGCAGAGAUUCGUAUCAAAGAAGGCAGAGCAAAACCCAUAGACUUGCUAGCAAUGAAUCUACGUUUAGCUUAUGAGCCAGAUAAGGUAGAGGAAGAUGUAGACUUGGAAGUUGAUUUGGAUGAGCCGUAUACCAUUUUUGAGAAUUUAUCUUUGGAAGAAACAGACGAAUUACACAAAGAUAUUCAAAUGCACUUAAAGUUGGAAAAGAAUGAAAAACUAUUACUAUUCUGGCGCGCGAUGAUCGUUGUUGCAGAAGAUUGUCUGUCGAAAAUGCGAGAAAAUGAGCAACGUAUGGCCUCUGGUGCUGUGCCACUAGCUGUAAAUCAAGACAUCCAGCGCAUAUUAUCUGGAAAGACAGUUUCUCAACUAUCUGCACUGCAACAACAAAUUAUUCAAAAAUUAGAAUCUAACGAACCUAUUGAUGUUGAAUAUUGGGAAAAUCUUUUAAAAGAGCUUGUUGUCUAUAAAGCAAAGGCAAGGUUGAAUGAUAUGCAUCAGGAAAUCCUAGCAGCUCGCUUACAGCAGCUGCGUGAAAGACAAAGAGAAGAGGCUCAAAAGGUACAAGAGGAACUAGAGCGUGUGUUGGCUAUGCAAGAAACCGAAGUACAUGGACAAGGUGUUGGGCCUGGAGAAGGUAUACCUUCAGAGCCUGUUGACGAAGAGCUGACAGAAGCACAAGACCAAGCGUUUAUCAAAAAGGAUGAUAUAAAAAAGAAACUGUCAGACAGUUUGUUGUUGGAGGAAUAUGACCGCUCAAUGAGCCCGGAGCCCAUAGUUAAAUUGAGCAAGGAAGAUCAAGAACUUGAAGUCGUAGACCCUGUAGAUGAUUUGAAAGAACUGAUGGAAAGGCGACGUGCAGUACUUUCAAGUAAAAUUAUCACUAGAAAACCCAAGAUAGAAGUAGAAGAAGAGGUGAAGGAAGAGCAAAACCAAGAUGAAUCUAUUGCAUCUACUGUACUGUUUGAGCAGGAAGCAGCAAAAGGUGUUGAUGAAGAUGAAGACCUGUUCAAUAUUGAAGCCGAAAUUGCACAGCAAACAUAUAAUUGGCAAGAUAAAUAUCGACCUCGCAAGCCGCGAUACUUCAACCGAGUGCAUACAGGUUAUGAAUGGAACAAGUACAACCAAACACACUACGAUCUUGACAAUCCCCCACCAAAAGUUGUACAAGGAUACAAAUUUAACAUUUUUUAUCCUGAUCUUAUUGACAAGUCAAAAGCACCAACAUACUUUAUUGAAAAAGAUCCAGAAUCUCCAGAUACAGUUUUGAUUCGAUUCCAUGCAGGGCCACCAUAUGAAGACAUUGCUUUUCGUAUUGUAAAUAGGGAAUGGGAAUACUCACAUAAAAAAGGAUUUAGAUGUAGCUUUGAUAGAGGUGUAUUAAGUCUUUGGUUCCACUUCAAGAGACAAUUUUACAGAAAAUAAAGAUAUUCUCUACCUUAAACCACAAUCAUUCUUUUUUGUC